AUGGCAGAAAAGCAAACGGGUAAACAAAGGACUAUGCGCCAUGACGAUAAGCGUGUCGACACAGACUCCUCUGUUGGUAUGCAGGGCGCAUGCACGUGUGCGUACUACAUGUGCAAGACGUCGGUCGUCGGCGCAAGCAAUGUCGGUAAUAUUGUAUGCGAAUGGCAUGAAAUCAGUCGGACGUUCACUCGACCCGCUCAUUUGCGCCGCCGCCAAGCAUCGCAGUCUCCAUUAUUCCACAAGCGCGAGGAAUGGAAGGCGAAGGAAUCUAGACCUGGACCCGCAACCGUCACGGCCUUGUCGCUUAAACGAGCAAAGAUGGACGCACACACACCCUUCUGGAUCCAACAGAACAUGACAAGGCGUAUUCCGCGGCAGCCCGUUUACGCAGGUUGCGCAGCAGCGGAAGGGUCCAUACGAGAAUUGGCCUUUCCUAGGCUCCGCUGCGGGCUCGUAUUCGCACAACAUAUGGCCAGACUCCAACCACGCUGCGGGCUCUUCAGCCAGCCUUGCUCGCACUUUUGCCGCUCGUAUAAAGAUCGACACUGCUGGCUGCAUGUCGACAUGCGUCUGCGGGGUAGUGAGAACAAGUAA